CGUUUGUUUCUCUAAACAGGAUUAACUAUUAUCCCUUUGGCUCUCUGUAAUACUAAAGUCUUGUUGCAAUGGAGAUCUCUUGUCACAUGUUCUGUGUGUGUUCUCAGCUGGUGAAGGUCGGGAUCGCGGAGCAGAACCAUUUCAGGUCCAUCUCAGUUGACUCUGAUGACAUCACUUUGGGAUCUCCUCCCUCCCAAUCAGGAGCACCGACCAGCAUCACGUCCACGUCCACGCCCCCCCCUUCCCCCCCCUCUAGCUGUCCGGUGGAGGUGAUGGGGCUGCAGGUGGACUACUGGAGCAGCCCGGGGGGGGCAGGGGGAGGAGGAGAGCGAAGGAGGGAGGGGGGGGUUAAGAACACUCUGAAGAGCAACUUCCGCUGUCUGCAGGUAUCAAGGAUCAGCGGAGGAGAGCUGAUGAGCAUGACGGUGGUGACCAAAGAGAAGAACAAGAAAGUCAUGUUCCUCAGUAAGAAGAUGAAGGAGAAGGAGGCGGAGUCGAGGAGUCAGCAGAUUGAAGGAAUCAGCCGUCUGAUCUGUACCUCCAAACACCAACACACACUGAGAGUCACUAUAGACGGAGUCGAGUGGAACGACGUCAAGUUCUUCCAGCUCGCUGCUCAAUGGCCGACUCACGUCAAGCACUUUCCUGUUGGGAUCUUUAGCUACAGCAAGCCCUAACCCCCCCCCCACACACACACACAUACCUGUUCAGCCCUUCUUAAUCACUUCCUGUUGGAGUAGCAUUGUUUCUAACAUGUUUGUCAUUUUGUGAUUUUUGCCAAAUUAAUGUAUAAACAAACAUAAUCUGUAACUUGAUUUUUAAUAACUUCCCAUGAUGAUUGUGAGUCGAUAAGAUGAGAUGUGUGAUUUCUAGCGUUUGUGUUGAUGAGCCGCUACAACAUGUGAGGAACUGUUUGCAUGUUUGAAACAAUAAACAAAACCGUUGUAUGGCAUCUUU